ACGGUACCAAGGGCUUUUCAUCUUCCACGCAGGAAAGAGGACCAUCUCCCCACGCACUGUGAUGCAGGGUGCGUGUGUUCAGCCCCAUAGAAGAAGGCAUCUCCUGCAAUCGAUGACUAAAUAUAUAAUAAAUAAAUAAAUCAGUCAAAGAGGCAGUGGUUUAGUGAGUGGCACCAUGCGCGAUGAUUAAUCAGUGUGUAGCUGGAUCCUGGCAGCGCACAGAAAUCCAGUCCGCAUCAUUCCCUGACAGCACUACGAGAGAGGGGAGGCAGAGGCACGGCUCGGAUCUCAGACUGUAAUUGAGCAGCAUGACAGACACAGUGAUGAGUGGCGGAUCAGGUCGCUGGGUGUCCAACGACAGGCAGAGGAACAUGCGUCCAAGUGAUAAAGAGCAGGGGAAUUGGACAAUGCAGCCUGGUUCUGGUCCUGGUCCAGACCUAACAGAUGAAGAGAAGAAGAUUAUAAACAAUGUGAUUGCCCGUGCUGAGAAAAUGGAGGCCAUGGAGCAGGAGAGAAUUGGGCACCUGAUAAACCGCCUGGAUGACAUGAAGAAGACCGUGUGUGGAGACGGGGUUUCUCGCUGUUUGUUGUGUGGGGAACAGCUGGGCUCACCUGGGGUCAGCUCCGUCGUUUGUGAGGACUGCAAAAAGAACAUGUGCACAAAGUGUGGCACACAGUGUGGCAGCCGACCACACCCUGUGUGGCUGUGCAAGAUCUGCAGAGAACAGCGUGAGGUGUGGAAGAGAUCCGGUGCCUGGUUCUUCAAAGGUUUUCCGAAGCAGUUCCUCCCGUCGCCCAUGCCGUUGUCUAAACAGAAGGAGACAGCUCCUAAGGAGGCAGCCGAGCCUCGGAAGCCGACAGCCUCUGUGACAAGGGAGGCGACAACUCAGCCAAAACCACCUGUUUCCAAUCAGAGUCAGGCUUCAGCAUCUGAUGAGCAAAGUUCAGGUGCGCAGACACAGGCCCGUUCUGCUUAUCCUCCUGUGGCUCCUAAACCAGCUAUGCGUAUGGCUGCAGGGGGGGUCGGCCCCGAAGAGGCAGGUCAGGGAAGUCCAGUGGUGAUGAAGAAGAUGGUGCCUGUACAAAGCUCCAGGGCACAACCGGUUCAAGCUACCAUGUCCCAGCAAGGUCCUAUGGCAGGAGAUGUAGGUGCUUACGCUUCAGAGCAGAGAGGAGCGCCUGCUGUAAGAGAGGAAAGGAGGCAGCCCACACCCUAUAGUGCACCCCCGCCCCGACAUCAACCCCCUCCAGCUGAUGAGGAGGAGGAGACCAAUGACUAUGACUCCGAUGAAGCCACAACUCUCGGCUCUCUGGAGUUCGGGCUGCUCUAUGAUCAUGAAAGCAACAGCCUCCACUGUAGCAUCCUCAAAGGAAAGGGACUGAAGCCCAUGGACUCCAAUGGGCUGGCAGAUCCUUACGUGAAGCUUCAUCUGCUGCCUGGAGCUAGUAAGUCGAACAAGCUGCGCACAAAGACCCUGAGAAACACCCGUAACCCUGUGUGGAAUGAAACACUCACCUAUCAUGGCCUGACAGACGACGACAUGCAACGUAAAACCCUCAGGCUUUCUGUCUGCGAUGAAGAUAAAUUUGGCCACAAUGAGUUUAUCGGCGAAACCCGCGUUGCACUGAAGAAGCUGAAGAUGAAUCAGAAGAAGACCUUCAAUGUUUGCCUAGAGAGGGUUGUGCCUACUAAGAGAACUGCGACAGCCGGAUCAGCUAGAGGGAUCUCUCUCUACGAAGAUGAGUCAGGGAAAGAGGGCGCAGAAGCAGAGGAGCGCGGUCGCAUUCUGAUGUCGCUCAUGUACAGCACCCAGCAGAAUCGCCUCAUCGUGGGGGUCGUUCGCUGCGUUCACUUGGCUGCCAUGGAUGCUAAUGGCUACUCUGACCCAUAUGUCAAAAUAUGCCUGAAACCUGACAUGGGGAAAAAGGGCAAGUGCAAAACACAGAUCAAGAAGAGGACUUUAAACCCAGAGUUUAACGAGGAGUUUAGCUUCGACAUCAAACACAGUGAGCUGGCCAAGAAGACCUUAGACAUCUCUGUGUGGGAUUAUGACAUCGGGAAGUCCAACGAUUACAUAGGUGGCUGCCAGCUGGGCAUUACCGCCAAAGGGGAAAGGCUGAAGCACUGGUAUGAGUGCUUGAAGAACAAGGACAAGAAGAUUGAGCACUGGCACACCUUAGUGAUUGAGAAUCAUGUCGCUAGUGAUUAACCAUGCACCAGUAGCGCACAACGAAUCAGAUUGCAUUCAUGUCUUGCUGCACUUUUAAAAAUGAAGUUCUGGUUUUUUUUUUUUAUUAAUAAUUGGAUCAUACCUGAACGUGCAGGCACUGUUUCUUCCUUCUCUGUAUUCAGCAGUAAUUCCCUAAUUUUUCUUUGUAGCGCUUUCACUCCUGAUACCCAAUUAGCCUAUGGCACAAAUCCCAUUAUGUAAAAAAUGAAAAACAAGUAAAGCAAGUUUAAAAAACUUUCAUCAAAAAGGCCUUCAGAUCCGUCAGAAAUCCUUUGCAGAGACACAUUUAUUCGCUGAGGGAAAUUAAGUCUGAAUCGCACUAGAAAAGAUCAGGAAAAGCAAUAUGUUAUGGCAUUAGAACCAUCAUCAGCGUUCACAAAGGCCAUAACUCAACCCACAACCUAAACUCCUUACACAGUUGCUGUUUUAAUCAUAUAGAGCUCUAUAAGCAUGCCAGGCCCCAGCUGCACUUUAAAAUAAAUCAGCUGUACGAACACACUGUAUAUUUACACAAAGAAAUGUUUACAUAUGAUACAUUGCUCAGGUUAGGAUAGACAUCUGAUUUAGAUGAUUCAUAUGUGAGUGAACUAUGAGCUAGAAUAAACCGUAAGCAGUUGCUGUUAAUUUGUGGUUUAAAAAAGAAAUAAAUAUGGCACACCUGUUUAGUUUGACAACUGUUUUUCUGCUGUGUUAUUCAAGAUGUGUGUGCUGUUUUAUGUUUGUAGGGCGUAAUAUCUAUGUGUAAAGAGAAACUGGAACCAAGAUAUUGAUUCAUUUAAUUUCUUUACGGGGGGAUAAAAAAAAGAAAACAAACAGAAUCGCGUCCUGCUACCUCUGCUCGUUCAAAGCUCGCAGUUCACUCUGACGCCUCAGAGGGUUUUUUACUGUAAUGUUUACACUGAACACAGACGGUAAAGUGUCCUAGUCGUUUACAGGAGAGAGAAGAUGGAGCAAGUCAUGUGGAAAGUAUGUGCAGCUUUUACCUGCAUGCACUGUGCUUGUGACUCUCAUGUGCCUGGGGCAGCUUUAGCCCGCUUUUAGCCUGAUCAUCAGCCCCCCCCCUCUCUCUCUCUCCCUCCCUCCUCCCCACCCUGAUUAUCAAAAGCUUCAGUGAGUGUUUGUUCACUAAUUAAAGCAAAUUAAGCAAAGCACACCUUAAACAGUGGAAUGACCUCUAUUUAUACAGAAAAUUGUCUGCAAGUUAUUCCAGUGUUAAUACAAAGACAAAAAAAAUCCUAUGCAUGAUGUUAUACUAUAUGUGUAUAUAUAUAAUAUACAUAUAUAUACAUAUAUACAUGUGUGUAUUUAUAUUUGUUAGAAAUAAAUGCUAUUGUAUCUUCAUUAAUGUUUACACUCUUCACCAUAACAUUCCUUUUGACACAGAGGCCAUACUCUGCAUGACUAUAACAAUAUCGACAAAUCCAGAUAAGCUGGUUUGCUAGUAUACAUGGGAUUUAAAAAAAAAAGCAGUCACUGAGCAUAUAUACAUAGGAGGUCUAUGAGUAGCAGAUUGAAAUCUUCAUGUUAAACUGAGAGAUUCUGUAAAUGCACACAUAAAGCUUACCAGUGUGUUGUUUUCUGAGUAAAUCAAUGCCCAGAUGUGACAGUGACCUUGUACUACACUGUGCUACUUCAACAGCUGAUCAUGAAGAUAUGAUCGAUUGCUUGUAAAAACAAAACAACUGGCUUCUGCCUGAGCUCAAGUUAUAGCCGCCUUCUACUUGAUUCUGCCAGUUCAGUGGAAUGUUCCUUAAUCUCUGUACUUGUACAUAGAUAGUGCAUGAAGUCGAAUUCUGUAUGUUUGCUAAUGACUUUGCAUGUAAAGGUUUUGCAGAAAGUUUACACAGACCAAUAAAAUUUAAUGCAAAUUGA